CAUUCAUGUCACACACCAAACCGACUCCACUGAUCAAAGAUGAGAAACACAAAAUUGUCUUGUUUAAUACUAUGUUUACUACCUUUCUUUCUUGUUGCCAAAGCAGAGCAAUGUGGAACACAAGCUAGUGGAGCUGUGUGUCCAAAUGGAUUAUGUUGCAGCCAACAUGGUUAUUGUGGUACCACUGAUCCUUAUUGUGGACAAGGUUGUCAAAGCCAAUGUAAAUCUUCAUCAACACCAACACCAAUACCACCUAGUACCGGUGGAGGAGAUGUCGGAAGGCUUGUUCCUUCUUCUCUGUUCGAACAAAUGCUUAAAUAUCGAAAUGAUGGACGGUGUCCUGGACAUGGAUUUUAUACUUACGAUGCUUUCAUUGCUGCUGCUCAAUCUUUUAAUGGAUUUGGUACAACUGGUGAUGAUACCACUCGUAAGAGGGAACUUGCUGCUUUCUUCGCUCAAACUUCUCAUGAAACCACAGGAGGGUGGGCAAGUGCACCAGACGGUCCAUAUGCGUGGGGUUAUUGUUUUGUGAAUGAAAAUAGUCAAGAAAACUAUUGUACAUCAAAAGAUUGGCCAUGUCCUCCUGGAAAAAGUUACCAUGGCAGAGGACCUAUCCAACUCACUCAUAACUACAACUAUGGUGAAGCGGGUAAAGUGAUUGGUGAAGAUUUGAUAAACAAUCCCGAUUUAGUGUCCACAAACCCAACUGUGUCAUUCAAAACAGCCAUAUGGUUUUGGAUGACCCCACAGGCAAACAAGCCAUCAAGCCAUGAUGUCAUUAUUGGAAAAUGGACGCCAUCUAAUGAUGACAGCUCAGCCGGGCGGGUCCCCGGAUAUGGCGUUAUCACCAACAUAAUCAACGGUGGGAUUGAGUGUGGGCAUGGUCAAGAUGAUAAGGUCGAUGAUCGGGUUGGGUUCUUUAGAAGGUAUUGUCAAUUAUUGGGUGUCAACCCUGGUGAUAACUUGGAUUGUAACAAUCAAAGGCCAUUUGCUUAACAAAAUUACUUAUGUUAAUGUUAAUAUAAAGUAUAAGGGAUCACAAUGAAUGAAUGAUCUUCCUACAUGUAACAACCUUUUUGCUAAAUAAAAUUGCUACCAUAUGGUUUGAAUUAAAUAA